CUUCCUUCGGCUCGAGUGGCUCAACGGACUGUACAAGAGGCUCUCGGUCGGGCCGCAGGAUGAAGGAGGGGAAGAGCGAGCGGGAGCGAAGCGGCCGGCGGCGACACCGGGCAGACGACGCGCUGGCGACCGUGGUGGUGAAGCAGGAGCGUCUGAGCCCCGAACCGGUCGCGCACCGCCGACCCGACGCCCCAGACGCUAACCCGUCCCCGCCCGCCGCUGAGCCAGGCCGCGGCGGCCACCGCGGGAGUCGAGGCCGGGGAGCUAGCCGGUCCCCAGCCAAAAAGAAAAACAAGUCCUCAGGGAGAAGAAGCAAGUCUCCACGGACUAAGAGAAGCCGGAGUCCCCACUACACCAUGGUUAAAGUGAAGCAGGAACGCGAGGACCAUCCACGGAGAGGACGAGAGGAUCGGCAGCACCGGGAGCCAUCAGAACAGGAACAAAGGAGAACUCGUAACAGUGAGCGAGACCGACACCGGGGCCAUUCCCGCCAAAGGAGGAGCUUUGGUGAGAGGCCUGUCAGUGGGCAGUGUCGGGACCGAGACAGCCAGAUUCUGCAGGCCCAGGAAGAAGAGAGGGACUUUCAUAAUGCCAGGCGCCGGGAGCAUCGCCAGCAGAAUGAAGGUGCUGGCAGUGAGGCUCAGGAGGUGAUCCCUCGCCCUGCUGGUAACAGUAGCAAAGAGGUGCCUGUCAAAGAAAAACCAAGCUUUGAACUUUCUGGGGCACUUCUUGAGGACACCAAUACCUUCCGGGGUGUGGUUAUUAAGUACAGUGAGCCCCCAGAAGCCCGGAUCCCCAAAAAACGGUGGCGUCUCUACCCCUUUAAAAAUGAUGAGGUACUUCCAGUCAUGUACAUCCAUCGACAGAGUGCUUACCUUCUGGGGCGACAUCGCCGCAUCGCCGACAUUCCCAUCGACCAUCCCUCCUGCUCCAAGCAGCAUGCAGUCUUCCAGUACCGGCUUGUGGAGUACACGCGUGCUGAUGGCACAGUUGGUCGGAGGGUGAAACCCUACAUCAUUGACCUCGGCUCAGGCAAUGGAACCUUCUUGAACAACAAGCGUAUUGAGCCACAGAGAUACUACGAACUGAAAGAAAAAGAUGUCCUUAAAUUUGGGUUCAGUAGCAGAGAAUAUGUCUUGCUCCAUGAGUCUUCAGACACCUCUGAACUAGACAGGAAGGAAGAUGAGGAUGACGAGGAGGAGGAAAUGGUGUCUGACAGCUAGCAACUGAGAAGCAUCCCCACUAUUAGAAACUGUUCCUGCUGGAGGCCGUGGGCUUGACUCUCCAGCGACUCUUCUUGCCUUAAGUCUCCUCUGUUGCUGCCCAGCUUGUGUUGCAGUAUGAGAACUCUCACCUCGUAUUUUGUUGAACUUGGCACAGCAGCUGCCUGCCUGUGGGCGCUUGUUUUCAGAACAGUCUCACCAAUUACAGCAUGUCGAGUUUUGGUCAAAGUGUGUGGCUGUAGUGGGUGCCUUCAGAACCGCUGCACAGGAAACCAAGCCCUUGGAAAGGGGAUCGUGGCUUGUUUGUUCUCUUUGUACAGUUUCUUAUUUAUAUGUCAUUGAGCUUUGUGGACGAGGGGUUUUGUUUUGGGGACAAAUCCUAGAGCAGAGAAUCUUAGUAAGCUUUGGUUGUCACCAAAACAACCUCCAGCAUAUACCAAAGCUUUGACCUGGAUCAGCUCUUGAGUCAUAGAGGUUGAUUUUGCGCUUCGUUUUUUGGAAGUGACAGUUUACCACAUGACCUCAUUAUUGACUGUCUAAGCUAAACAGACACUUUGCGACGCCUGUAUAGACAUGACUAUGUAGGAGGUCAUGGCUUCUACCAUCGGGUGCUGGUGUCUAUCCUGCACUAGGUUGUGCAGCUGCGUCCUGAGAGGGUACAAACCCAUGUCAAAGAUGGAACCGAGAUGUGGAAGCUACACAAGCUCCUUUAGACACACACACACACACACACACACACACACACAAGACCCAAGGCCACAGCAAGGCCCUGCUACAAAGUCAACGUUGGGGUGUUUCUCAAAGAGAGGAAAGAGAUAACAUUUGAAUAAAAAUGCAAAGCUGAAGAAAAAGAACAGAUGAUCUAAACGUCAUAUGACAGGAAACAGACGUAACCAUUUUUUGAGGCAGGGUUUCUCUGUAACAGCCCUAGCUGUCCUGGAACUAGGAACUCCCAGAGAUCUGCCUGCCUCUGCCAGCAUUAAAGCUGAGGUGGGCGCCACCACUGCUCAGCAGUGUAACCGUUUAGAUCAUCUGUUCUUCUUCAGCUUUGCAUUUUUAUUCAAAUGUUAUCUCUUUCCUCUCUUUGAGAAACACCCCAAUGUUGACUUUGUAGCAGGGCCUUGCUGUGGUGUGUGUGUGUGUGUGUCUAAAGGAGCUUGUGUAGCUUCCACAUCUCGGUUCCAUCUUUGACAUGGGUUUGUAUUUACUUCCCGAGGUUGGAAAGCAAGGGCAGCCCAGCUUCUGAAAUUCCCACCUGCACUCUGUGUAAGUAGAAAGGAGUUCAUGACUUACAGUAUGUGUGCCUGUACAUGGUGUGUUUCGGAGCUGUGUGCUGAUUUUCAUAUGACAGUAUUUGUGAUAGAGAUAAUACCACAUGAUAGGCAAAGGCCUGUCACAUUUGGAGAACAGCUUUUCAUUUAUAUGUAUUUUUGAGAUAAAAAAAUAAAAUUUGUAAAUAUAGCCCCAUUUUAGAGGGUAAUACUUUCCUAGCAUAAAGGACUUUUGUUCAUAGGUGUUUGCUCCAAAGGAUUCUUUGUAUCAGUGUUUUGAGGUAAAAGUGGUCCGUCUGUGGGGUAGGUGUGGGCCGAGGACAGAACCUUGCCUCGUUAGCAAGGAGGAAUCACUUUAGCAAUGGAUUCACCAUGUUCUUUUGAACUGUUGGAAGGUUUGUGUAGAUGGCCCUUCAUCAGGACCCUUUCCUCCUCUGGUGGUGAUGAGGGCACUCAGCCUGGGCUGCUUCUUGGGGUUAAAAUUUAGGACGCUGAUAAAUAGCCUGUCUUUUCUUUCUGGAGUCAUUGUCUCACUUGUCCGAAGGGCUGAAUGCUGGCUAGUGCAGUCGGGGCAGCUCAGGAAUGUGCAUUCAGAAGAGACCAGCACAUUCCCUACUGUGUCCAGAAAGCCGAUUAUAUUUUGAUGGACUUUAUUCUUAAUCCAGACAAGGUUUUCUGUCUGGGAUUCUACAAAAUAAUCUACCAUCCUACUCCAAGGCCUCCCUCUGUGUCCAGUGAUAGUUUGGGGAUUUGCCUUCUUGAUAAACACUGGAAGAUAACCACUUUGCCCACAUCUUUGAGUAAAGAGGGCCCAGUAACCAGAAGUGGUGACUCAUGCCUGUAGUCAUAAUGGUUUGUUUUACUCUUCUGGCUUUUUGAGGGGCCCACCACCCAGUCCCCAAAUAAAUCGCACAUACAGGUUUAUUCUUAGUUAUGAAUGCCCAGCCUUAGUGUGGCUUGUUUCUUGCCAGCUUUUCUUAAAUUUUCCUGUCUUAUCUUUUGCCUCUGGGCUUGUGUGUGGGGGCCUCUUGCCUACAUGCUUGGCUGUGCACCCUGUGUAUACCUGGUACAUGGGACCAGAUACACCGGAAAUGGAGUUAUAAAUAAUUAUGAGCCACCAUGUGGGUGCCAGGAAUCAACUCAGGCCCUCUGCAAGAACCACAAGCAUACUUACUGCUGAGCCAUUUCUCCAGCUCCAUAGACCACCUUCUUGUUUGUUUGUUUGACACAGGGUUUCUGUGUGUAACAGCUCUGGCUGUCCUGGAACUCGCUCUGUAGACCAGGCUGGCCUCCAGCUCACAGAGACCCGCCUGUCUCGGCCUCCCAAGUAUACCCCAUUCUUCUUAAUUAAAUUAAUUUGUGUGUAUGGGUGUUUCGCCUGCAUGUGUCUACAUCUCUUGUAUCUGGGGAAGAGGGAGACAGGUCCCCUGUAACUGGAGUUAAAGAAAAUUUUGAGGGGUCUGGAGAGAUGGCUCAGAGGUUAAGAGCAUUGCCUGCUCUUCCAAAGGUCCUGAGUUCAAUUCCCAGCAACCACAUGGUGGCUCACAACCAUCUGUAAUGGAGUCUGGUGCCUUCUUCUGGCCUGCAGGCAUACACACAGAAUAUUGUAUACAUAAUUAAUAAAUAUAAAAAAAAAAGAAAAUUUUCUCAUGUGGGUACUGAGAACUGAACCAGGAUCCUCUGGAAGAUCAGCCAGUGUUCUUUAACUACUGAGCCAUCUCUCCAAGCCCCAAUUUGUAGGGUUUUUUUUAAAAUUAUUUAUUUAUUAAAGAUUUCUUUGUAGGGUUUUUGGUUUUCUUUCUUGAUUCUGGGAAUCAAACUUUGUAUAAAAUCAAAACCUCUGUUAA